CUUAAAGGAAACGAAGGCCUAAAACAGCCCAAAAGGCCAAUCAAACUGCGCUGUAAAACUAGAAGAGAAGAAAGCUUACACCCAAAGUUCAGCCAUGGCGGGUUCCGAUCCAAACAAGUUGAUGGCCAAAGCCGAUAAAUUAACGAGGCUCAGUCUUACAAGGUGGAGUGCAGAUUGGAAAAGCGCUACUCUUCUGUAUGAACAAGCUGCUAAUGGGUUUAGGAUUGCCAAGGAUUAUGAGAAAGCAAAGGAAGCAUUGGAAAAAGCAUCAAAAGGACAAGAAUUGAUCUCUUCACCCUGGGAUGCUGCAAAGCAUAUGGAGUCAGCUGCUGCUUUAGCAAAGGAGUUGGGAAAAUGGAAUGAAGUUGCUGAUUUCUAUAGAAGGGCAUCUGAAUUGUACGUUGUGUGUGGGAGAUCACAACCUGCAUCAGAUGCUCUUGCGAAAGGGGCCCGAGCUCUGGAAGAUUCUGUUCCUGAUGAAGCUAUUCAACUUUACACUGAUGCUUGUGUUCUUCUUGAAGAUGAUGACAAGGAUCAAAUGGCCUUUGAUCUAUAUCGUGCUGCCACUAGUGUUUAUAUAAAACUUGAGAAGUACACAGAUGCUGCUGCUUUUCUGUUGAGAUGGGGCUUAGCAGCUGAUAAGUGUAAUGCUACCAAUAGCCAAUGCAAGGCAUAUCUUAGUGCAAUAAUUGUUUACCUCUAUGUUCAUGACAUCAAACAAGCAGAAAAAUGCUACAAUGAUUGCUCCCAGGUUGACACCUUUUCGAGAAGUGAUCAAUGCCGUUUUGCAAGUAAACUUUUUUCUGCUUACACAGAAGGUGACGUUGAAGAAAUUAAACGGCUUUCUCAGUCAAGCACGGUUAAUAAUCUUGAUCACAUGGUCAUCAGGCUCGCCAGGAAACUGCCCACAGGUGAUGUGAGUGCACUGAAGACACAUGCUUCCGACGAGCAAGAACCACUGGACGAAGAUGACCUUACAUAGAUUGCCCCAUAUACCUUAUAAUGUGUUGAUUUUGGUACAUUAAUAUACAAUGAAAGAGAGCUUGUUUUGUAAACAUGUAAAAACAACACUCAUCACUCUUUGGAACACUUUGUAAUCUCAGUUCUUGAUCUUUGCAUUUCAUGCUCCAAAAUAUUUUGGAUGAUAAAAAACAGAACCAGAAUAUUAUAGGAUCUUCCAAUUGAUCCAGA